AAUUGGACUUGUGAAAGGUACAUCGUUGCCGAAUGAGAAAGAACCAAGCCAGGUCCGUUGAUUCGAGGAUACCUUGCCCAAAGAGGUUUUCCGCGUAUCCGUGGAUAUCUCGUGUUUUUGGUUUUUCUUUUCUUUUUUUUGUUCUGCCUCUGAGAUCUUUGGCUGGUCCAUUACACGACGCUUUUUUUUGUCUUUGAGCGAGCCAAUGUCGACUUCGGCCGGUACCGUGCGACAGCUCCUAUUCGAUGGAUUCCAACGCGUUUGUCCCUGCGUCGAGAAAUUUGAACGUCAACUCCUUCAAUUAAGCUCCAGAACCCUUGUCCUGAAGCCAGACACUCGAAGACGACAGAAUCGUGCGGAACCGCGCGUUCAUUGGUCGACCCGAGCCGACGACGCCUGCGCGAGGCUGAGUCUGCAUGAUCGCGGAGAGCAUGGUCGAUCGUUUCCCGCACAAACUAGCAAAAUCAGCUGGACGGCCAGAGGCCAGGAGGAGCUGAACACAUCACGCGGCUGCGGCAUCGAGCAAUAGCUGAAUGCGCGUUCAGUACGAGCCGGUUUUGCUGAUACACGGGCGGACAAUCUCAGCGGGAAAGAGGCUAGGGCGGAAUUGCUACGCUGCGCAUCAUUGUCAACCCCGCGGUCAGGGCGAGACAAAAGGGUCGUUGCUCCACACGAAGACGCAAUCACCUUCGCUCUUGGCUGGGUGGUCGGAACUGGCCGUCGAAAGCUACCAGCUUCCGCUACAAACCAACGUGCUGAGAACCACCCCGUUGGGUGUGGCGAACGUUUGAGCACCAUCUCGUACUCCCUCAAACACGAACUGGGGGCCCGCUCUCCUUCCCGCUUUCUACAGUCCAUUGGAUGAAGGAUUUGACGCGCGUAAGACCCCAACGAGCCAAUGCAACGAAUGCAAGCGUAGUUUCUUUUUGAGUGAGCCUUGUGGAACCUUCUGACGUGGCGGGAAGCACGAAUGUAAACACCUCAUAGGCUGCUUUUCCUUUUCUUGUGCAUAGGUUGGAGCACGACAGCAGGCUGUCCCAAAACGGAGGAUACCGAGUCUUUGGGAAAGAGGCUCGUCACGAACAAUUCAGAACGUCCGCCUGCGCAGUUCGAUCAAGCUGCAAUGGCAGAACUUUGCUUUCGAGGUUCGCAAUGUCACAAGGGCCGGCUUGUAGUCAGAAAAUGAAUAUUUAUUAAACAGAUGCUUAGAUAACAUUUCUGCAGCCGCAGAAUAUGUGGAACACAGUUCAAAAAUGAUUCGAAAC